ACUUUUUUUUUAUUAAUGGGAACUUGACAGCGGUUACACACAGACAGGGAAUUCGCUGUCAAGAGGGUGGAUGCUUAGAGCUGGAAAUGACCUAGAGGCCUUACAGAUACAUUUGUGCUUUUGUCGCUCUAAUCUGCAUCCGCAGAGAACAGCGAGAUCUGGAAGCACACUUGUUUCCGCAGUGAGUAAUAUCUACCUCAGCCAGCAGACGGGGGACAAACCAGGAAGCUGCUGGAGGAUUCAGACAGGCAGACAGAGCUAUCAGCUGGCCGCUCGCUCACUGCCUAAUGAGUCCUGCUUUGUGAAGACUAUUUGAGACGGACUGGAUCUGUCUUCCCUUCGCCUCCCAUUACUUGUCUGGGAAAAAACAAACAAACAAAAAACACAAAAAGAAAGCCACAUUCUCUGAUUCCAGCAUUUAUUCACUUUUUUUAAAUAGUUAUUUUCCCUUUGUGCUGUUGACCAGUGUCUUGUUUCCGUAGUGGCAGUUUUGCUUUCAGCUUUUAAAAUAAUUUUCUACUUUUUGUCAUUGCAGGCUGGUAUAGGAUUAUAUAUGUAAAUACAUGUGUGUACCUAUAUACUGUAUUAAGAAGGAUUUUUUUUUCCCAUUCUGAAGGAAAGCUGAUGCACUUUAAAACUUGGCUGUGAUACUUUUGCCCCUCUAUUAUGAUCAUUUUGUUUGACGCUGGAAACAGAAUCUGGGUGUGUUUGUUGCUUUUUUAAGCUGGGCAUGAUGCAUCUGCAGCAGGGCUGCAUGUAAGCAUUUUACUCAGCCUACCCAUUUUUGAUCACAUCUUGGUCUCACAGACAUUAGUGUUGCCUCUUAACAAGGCACCCUGAGAUGAGCCUCUGGCAGGUGGAAUCCUUGAGCUGUCUCUCUACUUAACUUGAACAGUUUCAGGGCUGUUGGAUUUAGUGUUUUUGUUAAACGGACAAUAGCACUUUGUGGAGAAAAGCAUACUACAACAGACGGGAGCUUCCGGUGCUGUUGCACCACCUAUGUAUUGUUGUAGUGCCCAGGAAAGUAAAAUGGACUACAAGCGUCGCUUUUUGCUCGGCGGGUCCAAGCAGAAAGUGCAACAGCACCAGCAGUACCAGAUGCCUGAACUGAGCCGGACCCUGAGCGCCUCUCUGGCUUCCUCUUGCUCUGCCUCUUCGCCCAUGGGCACUGGGGUGGGCAUUCCUGGCAGCUGCCACCCACCUCCCUCUGGCACCACGACCGCUAUUGCUGACAUCCAGCAAGGCAUCUCCAAAUAUUUGGACGCCCUCAAUGUGUUCUGCCGGGCCAGCGCCUUCCUCACGGACCUGUUUAGCAGUGUGUUCAGGAACUCUCACUAUUCCAAAGCAGCUAUGCAACUAAAGGACGUGCAGGAACACGUCAUGGAGGCGGCCAGCAGGCUGACUGCAGCAAUAAAGCCUGAAAUCGCCAAGAUGCUGAUGGAGCUAAGCGCUGGAGCUGCUAACUUUAAAGACCAGAAUGAUUUCAGCCUGCAAGACGUUGAGGUGCUGGGUCGGUGCUUCCUCACGGUGAUGCAGGUCCAUUUCCAAUUCCUGUCUCAAGCUUUGCAGAAGGUCCAGCCUGUGGCUCAGUCCUGCCUGGCUGAAGCUCUUGCCCAGGCCCAAGAACGCUGCAACAAUGCCCGCUCCCAAAGCUCUGACCUCGGGCCUCUUACAGAGCUUGAGGAAGCCUCUCGCUCGUGGAAAGGUGCCGCCGAGGCCACAGCGAGGCUGAGAGAGAGGGGCCGGGACGGCUGCCUGGCAGGCAUCCAGGUUCAGCAGCUCUUUUGCUCCAACAACACUACUAUCCCUGAACACCAGCUGAAGGAGCUUAACAUGAAGAUUGACAGUGCAUUACAGGCCUAUAGAGCUGCAUUGGAGAGCCUGGGCCAUAGUGAGUAUGCUCUGAAGGCGGGCUUUCAUCUCAACCCCAAAGCUGUGGAGCUAGCUUUACAGGGCUGUUGCAGUGAGGCAGAGGCUCAGCAGGCAGGCAGGAUGCAGACCACCUCCCAGCCCAUCCAGUGCGAGCUGCCCACCAUCCCUGUGCAAAUCGGCUCACACUUCCUCAAAGGAGUGUCCUUCAAUGAAUCAGCAGCUGAAAACCUCAAACUGAAAACGCACACAAUGCUGCAGCUCAUUAAGGAGGUGCUGGGCCAGAACGGAAUGACCCCCAGGGACGACUCUCCUGUGACUGAAGUCCUCAACCAAGUUUGCCCAUCCAGCUGGAGAGGAGCCUGCAAGACAGCUGUGCAACUGCUGUUUGCGCAGGCUGGUCUGGUGGUUGUUGAUACUGCUCAAAUUGAGAACAAGGAGGCUUAUGCUCCCCAGAUCACACUCGAGGGAUCCAAGGUUGUGGUUCAGGUUCCCUCUACAUGGUGUCUGAAGGAGGACCCAGCCACUAUGUCCCUGCUCCAGCGAAGCCUGGACCCAGAGAAAACACUUGGACUCGUAGAUGUACUUUACACUGCAGUGUUUGACAUCAAUAGGUGGAAGGAGAGGAAGGAGCAAGCCUUGCCUACUAUUCAGAUACAGCUGCAGCGAGAGAUCCCAGACUAUGGAAGCCCAGCAGACUUGCCAGCAGGUACCAGCUCUAAAACCUCUAGUGGAUUACCGAAGACAAUAUCUAAACUGACUUCCAAGUUCACCAAGAAGGUCUCAUCCAGCUCCAAUAGUGGGGGCAGCUAUUCCAUCCCUAGUACUCCAUCUCGCAGCAUGCUAACAACAAGUAGCUCUGAGGAUAAGACGAAAGGACUGGUCCACGGUGAUGGGAGGUUGCAGAGCAUCCUGCAGAUGGGGGGACUGUCUUGCACCCUGGACUCCACCCAACAAAACCAGCUGGCUAAUGGCUCAGUAUCUGAAGACCAGGGGAUGAACCUGCCCACUGACCAAGAGAUGCAAGAUGUCAUUGACUUUCUCUCAGGAUUCAACAUGGGAAAAUCCCAGCAGGCCUCACCCCUGGUCAAGAGGAGGAACUCUGUGGCCUCUGCUAACCCUGCUGAGCUGAAGCCUCCAAGUGGUCCUCCUUCAGCCUCCCAGCCUAUUUCUCACAGCACCCUCCAGCCCCCUGCUCAGCCCCAACCUCAACCACAACCUCCACCAUCAGUGCAGAAGCAGCAGCCUCAAACACAACCGCCUCCUCCACAGCAACAGCAGGCCCCUCCUCCUCCUCAGCAGACCUCCCCACAGGCCCUGCAGUUCUACCAGCACCUCCUGCAGCCCAUCACACAGCAGCAAGCACCUCCUCCUCAGCUUCCUCCCCAGCAGACCCCACCGCAGGUCCUAUCACAGCAGAGAGUGGCAAGCAAGUGGCUCAGCACCUCUGGGCAGCAGCCUCCACCACAAGGUUCCCCAGCUGGGUUGUCACCCCUGGGUCCCAUUGGGCAGUGGGGAUCCCACGGACUGCCGGACUUGAGCUCAGAUCUGUACAGUUUGGGUUUGGUCAGCACCUACAUGGACAGUGUCAUGUCAGAGAUGCUGGGCCAGAAGCCACAGGGGCCUCGCAACAAUACUUGGCCCAACAGGGACCAAAGUGAGGGAGUGUUUGGAGUCCUGGGAGACACACUGCCUUUCGACCCAGCAGUCGGCUCUGACCCAGAGUUUGCACGUUACGUCGCCGGCGUCAGUCAGGCCAUGCAGCAGAAACGGCAGGUGCAACACAUCCGUCGUCCCAGCAACCCACGCAGCAACUGGCCAAUGCCUGAUGAGCAGCACAGGACCUGGUCCCACCCAGAGUACUACAGUGAGGGCGAGGCCGUAAAUAGCAGCUGGUCAGCUAAUCAGGGGGACUCCGCAAGCUCUAGUGAUGAGACCUCUUCAGCCAAUGGCGACAGCCUGUUCUCCAUGUUUUCGGGGCCAGACCUCGUAGCAGCGGUUAAACAAAGGAGAAAACACAGCUGUGGUGAGCCAGAGGUGUGUACUCUGCCUUCACCCCCUCUCCAUCACCUCAGUGACGAUAACCAGGACAGCAAAACUAAAACAUGGCCUCCCAAAGCACCAUGGCAGCACUCCACUCACACCAACACAAUGCCCAAUCCCAGCUCUUCCUUGUACCAGAUGAACAUCCCUCCUUCCUCCCAGUGGAGCGACUCCAUGCAGAUGUUGCAGUCUCCUGUGUGGUCCACUGCAAGUGACUGCUCCCCCUCUACCGGCAUCUCUGGUUUCCCCUUCACCCAGCAGCAACAGCAGCAGCAGCAACAACAUAAACCCAUGACCAAGGGCUUUAAAUCUUUCCCCCUCAAACACGAGCACACGAGGCCCUCCUACCUUCACCAGUACUGAUUCAAACAGUCCAAGGUGAUGUGCCACUGAGGUCCUGCAGCUCUGUUAGCAUGAGCCACUGAGUGGGCUCAGCUGCAGCCAUUACAGUGCACACCCACUGAAUUGGAAGAUUUCAAAGCCUCAAAGGCAACAUUAAGUACACACACUGGUUCAACAUUUUUUCUAUCUAUAUUUUUCCAUGUCAAACAUCCCCAUUUGAAAGAACAGAUGUAUUUUGAACUCUUUUGAACUGCCAUGUUUUAACUAUGAAAGAUGCAUGUGUCAUGCUGGCAGCAGUUAGUCUAGUGGUUGUUUUUUGUCUGGUGAGUUGACAUAUUCCUCAGACAAGAGCUGGAGACGUGUGCGGCCGUCACCGACUUGCUUCUGCAACUGAACGUGUGAGUGUGUGUGUGUGUGCACGUGCGUGUGUGCAGAGGUGGAGAUUGCAAGAGGGCAGGGGCUUGGAAUGCUCUCAUUUUGCCCAUAAGUAUACUGUGUCUACAUAGCUGUAACUGCCAAAUCUCAUGCAAGAUGACUCAGAGUACAGCUACCAUCUACUGUUUCAUAGCUUGUAAAAUACUGAAGUUGAAAUAUAAAUAUUUACUUUUUAUCAAGAGGCUUUGAGCAGGCUCAGCAUAAAUAUAGUAAGUCACUGCAGAGGUGUAAUUUGAAAAAAUACACUACUUUUUCAUCAACUGACCAGAGUUAAGAAUUAUAGCUGUAACUAUGUGCCAUGUUGGUAUUGAUAGCACUUGCAGAAUAUUAUUUCCAACCAAAGUGUUGUUCAGAAGAUGUACGGUGCUGAAGAGAUGAGAGGUGAUCUGAGAUUAUUGCUAAACAGUACUCAUCUUGUUGGAUAAGCACUAGGGAACAUCUUCAUUUCCUCCUCCCUAAUUGGCGGUUGUUUACUCCAGAUUGACACUAACUCCCAUAUACCUAACGUUUCUUCUGUUUAAUACUUUUUUUCUGUACAAUUAUUGACAGUAUUAAUCUUAUUUUUGUAUUUUCUUACAUGUUAUACCAUAACUGUAUGUUAGUAUUGUAGACAUAUUACAUAAAACAUUAUUUUCCACCUCCCAAUGUGAAAAAGCACAUUUUUUCCUACAGAGUUGAACUACACCAUCUAUCUACAAAGGUUACCAAAUAUGCCAUGCUAAACACUAAAACAUUGUGUGAUGAGGGUGUUUUUUCAAGCCCUUGUUCCUUCGGUUUCUAUGGCAAUGGGCUGCAUUUAAAAAGCCCAGAAUGUUAUCUUUUCGUGAUGUUUGCGGAUGCCAAUGUUGCCUGUAUUUAUGAAAUGACACCAUGUUUUCAGAAAACUAACAUACUUAACAUGUUUACAGAGAAUUGUUUGCUGUAUAUACAUAUAAAUAUAUAUCUUUUUAUAGUUAAUGUGCUUUGCACAAUCAAGAUAUAUAGUUUGUUGCUUUUUGUCUGUGUUAUCUCCCUAACUGUUGCAGCCUUUUUUAAGACAUCAUUACAGACCUUGGACUGUAACUGUUAGCUUCUCAGCUGUGUCAAAUGGUUUACUAGUGGCUUCUACAAAAGAUUAAGAAAAAUAAUAAUAAAAACAUGUUGCCCUGAUAGAAGAUAUGAAGGGGGGACUGCUUGGCUUAUGUUGCUUAUUGUUCUCUUGAGCUGGCAACUGACUUUUUCCAAGUGUACCAGCAAUGCAAAAAAUGAAUAAAAAUAACUAGCAAUUUGAA